GUAUUUCUGAUAGCGAGCAAAGGUCAGGUGUCGUCGCGUAUCGCCGUGGUAUAGAAAACAUUUCUAUGAGAAUCGCUAGUCUACAUCCCUUACUUGCCCACUUGUUCGAACCGUUCAGUUUUCAUAAACACCGAAUUAGCCAGGUACGCCACUUUAAAGCUAGUUAUUCGAUAGCUUUUCGAUUGGACGGUGUUUAUAUUGAGUUUAACCAAUUCAACAAAAAAACAAGUAGGCCCUAAACAUGUCAAAAGGACUUUGCAGAAGUUCAUGGACAGGUCAGAACGUUAAGCAUACGCACACCUGCUUAUAGUAAUUACAGAAGGGUUUGCUGGCACAGAUUGGUUACCUUCGACAACCACGUACGGCUGCUUUGAAGAACGGUUGGGAACAUCGACCAAGUGUAGCCGACGUCGCAGGUCAAAAUGUCUCGAGGUGGAUCUUUUCGGGGUGGCACUGGCAGAGGAGCCAGCUUUGCUCAGAUCCUCAGAAAUAAUAUUUCUGCUCUGCCGGGGUCGACGAUGUCCCCCACGCCUCCGGUGGCCUUCAUGCCUCUGGUUCCUUCAGAGGGCCGCGACCCCGCAGUUGCCAGUUCAUGCAAAACUGGUGCGCAUCCCAGGCCUUGCGGUUUGCCGCAGACACUGAUAGAGAGGUACAAGAAUGGAGAGACACACGCAGUGUCAGCUCUUUAUCAGCUUUCACAGGUCCUGCAGUUCCAGCUGGAGUUAAAAGAAACUACUGGCAACAUCGCAGGCUUUUACUUCGCUUUCUGUGCUGUGAUUGACGGGGUGAAAUACAAGACUGGGAUGGGGAACACCAAGAAGCAGGCAAGGGCCACAGCUGCCCAGCUAGCUCUGGAGGAAUUCAUUCCAACUCUUUCAGGCAAAGAAGGCAUUUUCUCAGAGUCAGAGGGUCAUCCUGACAGAGCCGUUUAUGAGCGUAAGAACCCGGUCAACGAGCAGAUCCCACAGGCUGUGAAAGAGCAGCUCAGCAAGUUGUUGGAGAACCACCCUGAGUUCUCCAGCUGUGAAACCACUGUGGCGGCAUUCAUCGCCUGGUCGCCCAGCGGGUGUGAAGUGGUCGCCAUGGGCACGGGAAACGUCAACAGCAAGGAAAGUGCGACGCCAAACGGCCGCGUCCUCCACGACUCCCAUGCCGUCGUGACGGCCCGGAGAUCCCUGAUGCGGUAUCUGUACAGGCACCUGUUGUUGUUCCACAGUAGGAAUCGUAACCUGGAGGAAAAGUCCAUCUUCCAGCAGGAAGAUGGCACCCAGCUGCUCAGCUUGAAGACCAACUUCACCCUUCACUUGUAUCUCAGCCAGCUGCCCAAAGGAGCUGCCCAGAUCCCUCCCAGUCUGCGACUGAACCCCCACUCCAUCUCAGCGUGGGAGGUGAACAACCAGAUGAGCCUGCAUGUUACGGUGGAGGGAAAGGUCUUCUCCGUCUUCUCCUCCACCUUCGCCCAGGCGGCCUCCAAGCUGGUCAGCAUGUCGGCCAGCGACAAGGUGACCCAGUGGCAGGUGCUGGGCUACCAGGGCGCUCUGCUCAGCCACUUCAUAGAGCCCGUCUACGUCAGCAGAAUCCUCAUCGGUGACCCGAGCUGCAGUGAGGUGCGGGGGAUGGAGAUCGCCGUGAACCAGCGUGUGGACGGCGUGAUGGAGCGCCUGCCCAUGUACUACUGCAUGCACCAGCCUCACAUCAGCCUGGCCCCCAGCGUGGCCCCGGGGGGCCCCGCCGGCCCCCAGCACAGCCUCUCCCUUAACUGGAGCCAGGGGGACGUGUCCCUGGAGGUGGUGGACGGCCUGCAGGGACAGACGGUGCAGGAGUCACCUUUCAAGAGCAGCCCUGCCCUGGCCAGCCGCCUGUGCAAAGCCGCCAUGCUGAGUCGCUUCAAUCUGGUUGCCAAGGAGACCCAGAGGGAGGACCUGCGGGCUGCGAUCUCCUACAGACAGGCCAAGAUGAUGGCCACAUCGUACCAGGAGGCCAAGAGUGUGCUGAAGUCCUACCUGGCACAGCGAGGGUACGGCUCCUGGGUGGCCAAAGCUCCCAUUAGUGACCACUUCAAUAUGUGAACACACCACCGCUAAUCAAAACUGAUACGAUAGGAGCUCAGUUUCAUGUUUCAGCUCUGAAGCUCAUCAGAAAAGGGUGACUUAGUUUUUCACGAGGAUAUGUUUACUAGUUGGCUGCUUCCUUAGUUUUAGUUUAUGGUUCACAGUUUUGGUUUGCUUUAGAUGUGUUGGUACUUCACCUUUAAGUUGUUUUUGUACAGAAUUCAAAUAAAUCCAAAUGUUUUUUCCUCUUAACAGUAUUUUGAAAAUCAGGUCCAGUGUGAAAGUUAACUUUGUAGCAUGCAUACAUU